UCAGUUCUGUGACCCAGUUCGUUGAAAUUUUCGCACUCGUUCGAUCACUUUAUCUCUCUCCAUCUCUCUCUCUCUCUGAGCUCGGGGAGGCUCAUAUAGUCACAUCUCUCUCUGAUUCAAACCCUAACACUCCACACUCCAGCAUUAUCAGAGGGGAUCGCCUUCAAGUGUAUACGCAAGCUCAUCAAAUCAGUUCUAGGAACAGCAAUUGGAAAGGAUGGAGACCAGAAACUGGAAAGAUAGAAGAAAUUUAAAUGCAAAAUUCAGAGCCUUUCUUUCUCAGAUAUGAAGCCUUACCAGGGCCAAAGAAGAUAUGUAUAAAACUCCAGGAUGGGAAAGGACAAGGGAAACGAAGUAUGGGAGUUCUGUUGCCUUCGGGUGGUUUUCUGUCUGGUCGAGGAUACAUUUAAGGGAUUCCAUCUUAUGACAAUUCUGAGAAAUCUUAAAUGACCAAGAGAGGGUAUCUAUAUUCACACCAAAAGUCAUUAUCAGACGAACAGUGGGGUUGACCAUCUAUGCCUGGAAACGAAGUUGGAGACAGGGUCCACAAUUUCUUUGGCCAAGAGAAUUUGUACCAGGGCCAGCAUCAGUCUCAGGCGGCUGAUGAAGGCUGGGCUGGUCUGAAUAACAACCUAUGGGUUAGAAACCAGAGAGAGAUCACUUCUCCUUUUAUUUCAAAUUUGAAGAAUUAUAAUGCACAUCAACCAGAUUCCGUAGGACUGGGCCAGCCUUCUCACACACUUAAUGGCUUUAAUUUCUCUCAAUCAUAUAUAAGUCCUGAGAUUGGAAGAAGUGAAUCUCAAAAUCAACAUCAAACUCUGAACGGUUAUGCAGCAGGCCAACAACUUUUCCAUGCAAGACAGGUUGAAGCAAACUUUUUUGGUUCAGAUGCAGUAUCUGAUAGGCAUAUAAUAUCGAGAGGCCUAUCUAUUCAUGAAGCACAAGUGAAUAAUCCUGAACUAAGCAAGAAAAAUGUAGCUGGGUUGGAAACUACUGAUUCUCCUGUAAAUUUUGAUUUUUUUGGAGGUCAACAGCAAAUGAGCGGCAGAAAUCCCAGUGUCACCCAGAUUUUUCCUAAGCCGCAAACUGGGAAUCCUGACAUGCAGCUUCUGCAACAGCAAGCAAUAUUGUCACAUAUACAAGAACUUCAGAGGCAACGCCAAUUUCAGCAGCAGGAUGCAAGACAACAUGGUUCGAUGAAUCAGACCUCAUCUAACUCAAAGCUGGUAGCAGGAAACCAUUCAGCCACGCUGAUUGAUGGUAUUCCUGUUAAUGAGUUAUCUACCUCUCCUUGGCAGCCUGAGAAUAUGGGGAGCAAUACAAACUCAUUGCACCAUAGUUUGUCUACAGCAAUGCAGGGGUCCUCUAGUGGAUUUGUAUUUCCUUCCGAGCAGCAACAAUCACUGCGCGGUUUAUUUCCUGAACAAGUUGACCAGUCUUUGUAUGGGAUUCCUAUUUCUACUGCAAGUAGUUUUCUUGGUUCAAACUCUCUCAUUCCAUCAGAUAAACCUGCUAUGCAGCAGUUAGCUGUCGGUAACAACUCCAUUUCAGGGAGCCAUUAUACUGCAUACCCAGAUCAGGUUAGCAUGCAAGAUGGAAUGGUUGUAAGACAGGAUUUCCAGGGGAAAAGUAUGUUUGGCAUGCCUGCUAGUCAAGGUUUAAAUGGUGGGUUAAAUUCUGAAAACCUUCAGCAUGUGAAUCUCCAACAGAGAAAUGCAUCUAUGCAGGAAUUUAGUAGUGGACAAGAGUUCGAUAGGCCAUCAGAAGUGUCACAGGAGAAGACAAUGGCACAGGUUGCUCCACCACAAAAUGUGGCUACGUUAGACCCCACUGAAGAGAAGAUUUUGUAUGGUUCAGAUGACAACUUGUGGGAUGCUUUUGGGCGGAGUGAUAAUAUUACAGCAGGUGGUUUCAAUGCGCCAGAUGGUAGUGAUUUUAGUUCUGGAUAUUCCUUUUUACAGAGUGGAAGUUGGAGUGCUUUGAUGCAGUCAGCCGUGGCAGAAACUUCAAGUGGGGAUAUGAACAUUCAAGAAGGGUGGGGUGGUGUGAACUUCAAUAAUAGCGGGCCUCAAAAUGGGAAUCAGCAGCAAUUAGAUGCUAACGGCAGUGGAAAACUGCAAUCUGUUUGGGUUGAUAACAACUUGCAGACAUUGAAUUCUAGACAUUCUUCUGUCUCUGCCGAGGCUAAUAAUAGGCCCAACAAUUAUAUUAACUCAGCCAGCGUCCCUGGAUUUCAGCAACCAGGUCAUAAAUCGUUCUUUCAACAAACUGAAGGCUUUCAGAACAGUAUUGCCCAAGGUUCAACUCAUCCAGAUGGGGAAAGAAAAUGGAUUGACCGUAACCUGCAACAGAAGUCAUUUGCUGAAGGUCGGAAUAUAUCUGAAAACGAAGGCAAUACAUCAGGUGUGGAAAUAAAUGCAGAUCAUACGUCAGGUUCUUGGCUCCGUCAACAAAGUGUAUCCUCUUAUAGUAGCCAAACAUGUAAGCCUAAUGGUUGGAGCUAUAAUGAACCGAUGUUCUCCCAUGGGGGUAGCAGUAUGAAAAAUCAUGAGAGUCAUAGCAUGUCACAAUCUGCUCAGGAUGGAGAUCAUAAGCGAUCUAUAUGUGAAGAGAUGGGUUCUGCUGCUACUUUCAAGCAGAACCAUGAAUCAAUUCCUAACCCAACUGAUGAAUUGCAGCAUGCUAAUCAUGCUGUUGAGAACUCGCAGGUGUAUAAUGAAGGUACUAACUUCAUAAAUAAUCGUAACCUUUCCUUUUGGAAAGAUGCUAAUUCUUUAGUGGACUUAAAAGAAAGCGGUUUUGUGGCAAAAUACCAGCAGCAUCUCGAUAAGGGCUCUCAAAUAUUGGAAUCACCUGGGAAUAAUUGCUUAGAUAAGAGUGUGAAUGAAAUACAUGAGUUUGAAAACUCAAAUGCUAGUGAUACACACACUUCUGGAAGCAAACAGAAAGCAGGAGGUAAUAUCAUUCGAAAGCCAUCUGUAACUCCUCGCAGAUUUCAGUAUCAUCCAAUGGGGAAUUUAGACAUGGAUGUGUUACCUUCUUUUGGAACAAGCCAUCCAACACAGACACAGGCUACUGUGCAGCAGAGCUCUCACGGAUUUAAAGCCAGUGAGCUGAGUUAUUUUAGGCAAUCCAAAUCUGGAGCAGAGGGAAAUUCGAGUGAAGUUGAAAAGAGUGAAAUGAGAGCCUUUGGGGAUCUAUCUUCUAAAAGAAUGCUUCCACCUUUUGGAUCUCGUUUUUCUUCUUCUUCAGAUAAACUUGCUGGUCAUGAUCCGCGACAUGUGGCCUUGCCGUCAAGCCAAAAUAUGCUUGAGCUUCUUCACAAAGUGGAUCAACCAAGAGAACAUGGUAAUGCAACACAUAGUCCCUCUUACCGAAAUCAUUCUUCUGAAAUGGGUGAAGCAGAAACUUCUGAUGGAUCAGUUGGUCAAACGCCACGAAAUCAGUCCUCUGAUUCUCAAGUUUUUGGUUUGCAACUGGGUCUCCCUCAACGGUUGGCCAUGCAGGAUGCUGCGUUAUCUUCUCAUUGUUCCUCGCCUAUGGUUAUGAGUUCAACCCAUUCUAGCUCUGAUACAGGAGAACGUGGUCAUAUGUUGUUGCCUCCUGUAGCCUCUAACCAGAGGGAUUUGAGAAAUAAUAUAACCGGUUCUUCUGGACAUAGUGGCAAUAAAAUCCCUCAUAUCAAUGCUCAAGGAAACUUGGUUGCAGGUUCUCAAUCUGCCUUUCCUUAUCCUAGAAGUCAUCUUCAAAAUCAGCACCUUAUUGCCAAUCACUCUGCUAGUGUGUUUUCAGAUAAAAUUGGUAUUCAUUCAAGAAAUUUUGAAGACUCUUCUGAGCGAGUAGAAAAUAGUCAAAUGGUGUCAACAGAUAUUUCCAAAAGUGGUCUCCAAAUGAACCUAGUUUCUUCUGCUGACACAUCUCAGCAAAGCAGUGGUGUUGUAUCUAAUGCACAAAAUCCCCCCCAGCUUGCCCAGGAAUUGGGUUCUGUGCCUAUAUCCCAGCGGGCCGCUUUCUCAAAAAUCCCUCCUAAUGAGUGGGCAAAUCUCACAACCCAGAAACACUCGCUACACAUGGAUCCUUCAAAAGCUGCCUCAGUUUUGUUCAAAUCUCAUAUGCAUAUGGACAAUUUAGACAAGAGUUUUUCAGGACUAAAAAACAUGGGUACUCGAGAGAAAUUGGAACAUGAGGCUUUGGCCCCUGGUGAAAAUUCCAUCAAUAUGCAAAAUAUUAUUGGAAGAGAAAAGCAAAUGCAAGAAAGCCCUGGAAAACAAGUUUCAGGUGGGAAGAGUGAAAUUUCCCCGCUGGCUACAAGUGCAUCAGGUGGACUGGAAUCUGCUGGGCAUCACUCAUUAAGUGUAUCUCCAUCAAAUUCUAUGGCUACUCGAGUUAAUAUUGACACUUCAGGUUAUUCUCUACAUCCAAAUAUUAGUUCGCAGCAGAAUUACCCCUUAAUGCAUCAAACGCAGGCCAUGAAAAGUGCUGAUAAUGACCCAACUAACAGGAAUGGGAAGAGAUUUAAAGGUCCAGAUUGUGGUUUAGAUUCUCAGCAUGUUGCCAUGGAUGGGGGUCAACUUUUAUCACAUGAACACAGUAAUGUUGUCAGAGAGUCAUUACUUAACCAUGCUUCCAUUUCAUGUGUAGAUGCAGCAGCGGUAGAUUUUUCAUCAAAGAAGGGGGAUGCCUCUGUAUCAUCUACUAUUGACAUUGCAUCUUGUGUGAGGAGCGAGCAUUCUCAAAUCAGUCCUCAGAUGGCUCCAUCUUGGUUUGAUCAAUAUGGAACUUUUAAAAAUAGACAUACUUCAUCCGUAUUUCCUGGAUCCAACAAUGCAGCCAUGAAGCCUUUGGAUCAAUCUUUGAUUGUUGAAAAGCCUCCUGAUGGCUUCAAUGCUCAAAAUCCUGUGAAGCAAGGAAAUGCUUCUGCUGAUGGUAGUGAGCACAAUAGUGAACGGGAAAGUUCAACUCUCGUGUCGAUAGAACACAGAAAUUUCUCUUUAGGUCAACAAUUGCCACUUGAUUUCAUCAAUCAAAGUUUGGCUGCUGUAAGACUCAAAAAGCGCAAAAGCUCUGCACCUGAACUGUUUCCAUGGAACGAAGAAAUGACUCAAAGUUGUAGAAGACUGCAGGAUAUAAGCAUGGCGGAUGUUGAUUGGGCUCAGGCAACCAACCGGCUGAUUGAGAAGAAAGAAGAUGAAGUUGAAAUGAUGGAUGAUGGACUAAUGAUAAAACUGAAGAGGAGGCUUAACUUGACUACGCUGCUUGUUCAACAACUCCUCCGUCCUCCUCCUUUUACAACUCUCUCUUCAGAUGCCAGCUUACAUUAUGAGAGUGCGGCUUACCUUGUUGCAAGGCUAGCUUUGGGGGAUGCUUGUAAUAUAGUUUCUUCCACAGGAGCUGAUAUUGCCUUGCAUCCAGAAAGCGGAAAUCCCCUUUCUGAGGGACUUAAAGUAACUGGUAAAACUGGUGAUCAUCAAAUUAUAGAAGUUGUGGAGGCGUUCAUGAAACGAGCACAGAAGAUGGAAGAUGAUUUAUUGAGAGUGGAGAAGAGAGCUUCAAUCUUAGAUUUGAGAGUGGAAUGCCAGGAUCUUGAAAAGUUCUCUGUCAUCAAUCGGUUUGCCAAGUUUCAUAGCCGAGGACAAGUUGAUGGGGGUGAGGCCUCAUCAUCCUCUGAUGUGACCACAAGUACUCAGAAAUCUUGCCCCCAGAGAUAUGUUACUGCACUUCCCAUUCCUAGAAAUCUUCCUGACAGGGUACAAUGUCUCUCACUUUAAUUAUUAAUUGAUUGAUUUUGUUAACGUCGGCCAAUUAUCUCUACAUCCCCAAUGCGUCUCUGGUCCAUUUUAUUUCAACUUAAGUCGAUAUGCUUCACAAAUAGAACCAUACAAAUGGGAAUAUCAGAGAGAAAUGAUUUCUAAGUUAUCUCCUUGAAAUCAAUUGAGGCUGUUAGAUAUGUGAAAGUUAGGUCAUCAAUGCCAUUUUGAGUAAUAUAAAUAGGUCCCUUCACUCUUAAUGUACAAAAGCAAUUGCAAUGCUCUGUCUUCUACUUUUAUUUUUUCCUGCAAAUGGGAGGGCAGAAGAAUUGCAGUUGUUUUCCAGAAGUCUCCAUGCAUCCCUAAACCCGGGUAUAAAUUGUACUUGUAGUAUGGGUUUUUAUUCAUGAUUUAAGCUUUAGCCUUUCUUAUUUAGGAAAAGAAAGAAAAAGAAAAUGAGUGUUAGAUGUGGAGGCACAAAGUUGGGCUCGAAGUUAGUUUGCUGAUAUUUCAAUUUACAGAUUAUUUGGCCGUUACAUGUAAAAAUUGUAAAUCCUCUAUCAGUAUUUUAGCUGAAGUAAUAAAAUUUUUAUUAAGUGUUUAUUUUAA